AUGAGAUUCCCAGCAUUCCCAGGGGCUACCUCAGGCGGAGGGCAGCGCUCCCUGCGUGACGUCACCACGCAGGCUUUCUGGGAAAUGAAGUCCCCUCGCCUUUGGCUGUUCCACCAGCUAUUAGAGCCCCGGAUGGAGGAGGGGCUGGGUCCUUCGUCCCAGAGGCUCCAGGGCUUGGGCCAGCGCCUCCCGCUCCCGCCCCGCCUCCCUUGUCAGCCUCCCUCCCGGGGCUCUCUUGCUACACAUCAGAGAGUCCAUACUGGAGAGAAACCUUAUAAAUGUAAUCAGUGUGGAAAGGCUUUCUCACAGAAGGUCCAUGUUGCCAUACAUCAGAGGAUCCACACUGGAGAAAAACCUUAUGAAUGUAAACACUGUGAAAAGGCUUUUAAACUGAGGUACACUCUUGCCAUACAUCAGAGAAUCCACACAGGAGAGAAACCUUUUGAAUGUAAACAAUGUGGAAAGGCUUUUGCACAUAGGUCCUCUCUUGUUGUACAUCAGAGAAUCCACACUGGAGACAAACCUUAUGAAUGUAAACAAUGUGGAAAGGCUUUUAUACGAAGGAAUAGACUUGUUGUGCAUCAGAGAAUCCAUACUGGAGAGAAACCUUAUGAAUGUAAACAAUGUGGAAAGGCUUUUAUAGGGAGUGAACACCUCGCUAAACAUCAGAGUAUUCACACUGCAGAGAAACCAUUUGAAUGUAAACAAUGUGGAAUGGCAUUCAGAUACAAGGGCGAUCUUGCUAAACAUCAGAGAAUCCACACUGGAGAGAAGCCUCAUGAAUGUAAACACUGUGGAAAGAAUUUCACACAGAAGAGCAAUCUUGUUGCACAUCAAAGAAUCCACACUGGAGAGAAACCUCAUGAAUGUAAACAAUGUGGAAAGGCUUUCAGAAGGAAGAGUGAUCUUGUUGCACAUGAGAGAAUCCACACUGGAGAGAAACCAUAUGAAUGUAAACAAUGUGGAAAAGCUUUCACAUGGAGUGGCUAUCUUGCUAGACAUCACAGAGUCCACACUGGAGAGAAACCUUAUGAAUGUAAACAAUGUAGACAGGCUUUCACAGAGAGAAGAGUUCUUGUUCAACAUCAGAGAAUCCACACUGGAGAGAAACCUUAUGAAUGUAAACACUGUGGAAAGGCUUUCAGACAGAAGGGCUCUCUUGCUACACAUCAGAGAGUCCAUACUGGAGAGAAACCUUAUAAAUGUAAUCAGUGUGGAAAGGCUUUCUCACAGAAGAGCAAUCUUGUUGCACAUCAAAGAAUCCACACUGGAGAGAAACCUCAUGAAUGUAAACAAUGUGGAAAGGCUUUCAGAAGGAAGAGUGAUCUUGUUGCACAUGAGAGAAUCCACACUGGAGAGAAACCAUAUGAAUGUAAACAAUGUGGAAAAGCUUUCACAUGGAGUGGCUAUCUUGCUAGACAUCACAGAGUCCACACUGGAGAGAAACCUUAUGAAUGUAAACAAUGUAGACAGGCUUUCACAGAGAGAAGAGUUCUUGUUCAACAUCAGAGAAUCCACACUGGAGAGAAACCUUAUGAAUGUAAACACUGUGGAAAGGCUUUCAGACAGAAGUGGGAACUUGUCGCACAUCAGAGAGUCCACACUGGAGAGAAUGAAAAUGUUGUGCGAUGA